AUGCAAGGCCCCACUGCAGGAGAGAUUUCCUCUUCCUUCGAUUCCUGGUGGCUGGACGAGGGGCAAAGCAUGCUGUCAAAGGGCAGACGCAUGCGGGCACCGCGUAACCAAGACGAUGAAGAUGAUUUCAUCGAGGAGUACCUGGAGGACAUGCAGGAGGAUGAGGGCGACGUGUGCGAGGACGAGAAGCUGAUCGACUUGAUCGCCGCCGAAGACCAUGCAAAAACCAAGCAUGCUUUGCAGGAGCUCACUGAGAGCCUGGCGCCGUCGGCCGAGGCCGCUGCUGUGGUGCCUGCAGAAAGCGGUUUGGGCGACUGUCAAAGUCAGCUGGUGCCUGCCGAGAGCGGUUCGGGCGACUGUCCUGCUGCUGAGUCGGCCCCUGCAGAGGAGGCCGUGGUAGCCUCGGGCCCUCUGCCAGCAGAGCCAAGCUUGCAGCUGCUGAUGCAAGACUUCCUGGAUCAUCCGGACUUCCAGCAUGGCGACAGCCGGGCCACGAACAUGGCAUGUUUGAAGAGGGCGGAGGCUCUGAUGCCUGCCAUUCGGCAGAUGGCUGUAGACACACGUGCUCGGGAAAGCCAGCUUUCGCAUGCUCAGCUCACCGGCUCAUCCAAGUAUUCCAGCAGCUGGCAUCAGGAUCAACACGUGCUUGCAGUGCGACGGGCUCAGUCCAUGCUGAGUGGAGCUCGCACAUCCCGGCAAGCAGCUUGGUUUGCCGUGCAACAGAAGGCUACCGGGGUGAACAUGCUCAAGGACACAGGCUGCAACGAGCACUUGAAACCGCUCGCACAGAUGCGACCGCCAAGCAAGGCCACGGACCCCGAUGACAUCGACGAGAGUGAUCAGGUGGAAGAUGCUGCGACCGUGGAGGGACCGAAGGUUUAUUCAGUCCAAGAUUUUACCCGUGGGAAAAUCAACAAUCUGCUGGAAUUCCUGGAGUGCCUGCCGGCGCAGUUCAAAGAGAAGGGGCUUGACUUGGUCGGGGAGGCCAAGAAGAAGGGCUACACUUGGGCUCACAUCGUCAAGCGGUCCCCAGAUUAUUUCGAUGUUCUUUUGCCUCCUGGCCCGGGAUGCAGCUCGAAGCAGUACUCGAAGGGGGUUGUCGGGAAGCUUCUGCAGCUCCAGGCCGGUGAUACGAAAACGAUCUUGAAAUUCUGCAAGGACGUGGACGAGCUUGCUCAGCCGAUGCUU